CGCCUCGGGGAGGAGGAGGAGGAGGAGGCGGAGGCGGGCGGCCGGGCCCAGGCCCCUCCCAGGCGGCGAGUCUCCGGCUGCAGGCGGAUGGAUGGGGCGUCUUCAGGCGGUGGCGGCAGUAGCGCGGGCGGCGGCGGACGCGGCGGUAGCGGGUAUGGUGUGGUGGCUCGAUUCUCCCAGUGCCUGGCUGAGUUUCGGACGUGGUUAAGAACCAACUGGUUGAGGUUCAAUGCAGACAAGACGGAUGUGGUGCUGAAAAUGUGCAUCAGAUGUUUAUGUUUAAUUGGUUUACAGACUGUCUGUGGACUCUUUUCCUGUCAAUUUACCAGCCAUCGGUUGAAUCUUCAAGUCCCGAAAUGGAUGAAAUGUUUGACUGCCCAUGAAAGUACAGGAGGUUCAGCAACAUCAGAUGACCAUGAAUUUGAUCCAUCAGCUGACAUGCUGGUUCAUGAUUUUGAUGAUGAACGAACAUUAGAAGAGGAAGAAAUGAUGGAAGGAGAAACAAACUUCAGUUCUGAAAUAGAGGAUCUUGCAAGGGAAGGCGACAUGCCAAUCCAUGAACUUCUCAGCCUUUAUGGUUAUGAUAGUACUGUCCGACUGCCUGAGGAAGAUGAGGAGGAAGAAGAGGAAGAAGAGGAGGGUGAAGAUGAUGAAGACCCCGACCACGAUGACCACAGUGGCUGCAGUGGGGAGAACAAAGAGGAGAACAUAAAGGACUCAUCAGGGCAGGAGGAUGAAACUCAGUCUUCCAAUGAGGACCCAUCACAAUCUGUUGCUUCUCAAGAUGUGCAGGAAAUGAUCCGCCCACGUCGAUGUAAAUACUUUGAUACAAAUAGUGAAAUAGAAGAAGAAUCUGAAGAAGAUGAAGAUUAUAUUCCAUCAGAAGACUGGAAAAAGGAGAUUAUGGUGGGCUCCAUGUUUCAAGCGGAGAUUCCAGUCGGUGUGUGUAGAUACAGAGAAAAUGAAAAAGUGUAUGAAAAUGAUGACCAGCUCUUGUGGGACCCUGAGUACUUACCAGAAGACAAAGUGAUUGUGUUUCUUAAGGAUGCGUCCAGGAGGACAGGUGAUGAGAAAGGUGUGGAAGCAAUUCCCGAAGGGUCUCACAUAAAAGACAACGAACAGGCGUUAUAUGAAUUGGUUAAGUGCAAUUUUGAUACAGAAGAAGCACUGCGAAGGUUACGAUUCAAUGUAAAGGCAGCUAGAGAGGAAUUGUCUGUUUGGACAGAGGAGGAGUGUAGAAAUUUUGAACAAGGGCUGAAGGCCUAUGGAAAGGAUUUUCAUUUGAUUCAGGCUAAUAAAGUCCGAACAAGGUCAGUUGGGGAAUGUGUAGCAUUCUAUUAUAUGUGGAAAAAAUCUGAACGCUACGAUUUCUUUGCUCAGCAAACACGAUUUGGAAAAAAGAAAUACAACCUUCAUCCUGGUGUAACGGACUACAUGGACCGUCUUUUGGACGAGAGCGAGAGCGCAGCCUCCAGUCGCGCCCCAUCCCCUCCCCCAACAGCCUCCAGCAGCAGCAAUGGGCAGAGUGAGAAGGAGGAUGGCACGGUGGGCGCCCACAACGGGGUGUCAUCUAACGGGCCAGGUGAGAUGGUGACCAAGGAAGAAGGGAAAGGUGAAGGGCUGCAUGUUAACGGGCCGACAGGGGGACAUAAGAGACCGCUUCAUGCGGAGACGGACACCAAUGGCUACGAGGCAGACGACCUGACCACCGACCAAAAACUUGCCCACAUGACUGCAAGAAACGAAAGCGAUUUUGAUGACAAAAGUGAGAGACCUGCCAAAAAGCGAAGGGUAAACAGCAGUGGGAGGGAGAGUCCAGGUUCUUCUGAAUUCUUCCAAGAAGCAGUGUCACAUGGAAAAGCUGAAGAACUUGAAAACACAGAUGACUAAGUUGGAGAUCUGUUUUACUUUCUUUGGAGUGAUUCUGGUGUGACUAAAAUUUUCAGGGUUGCUGGGUUACCUUAAACAAGUUGAUUUCUUUGAAGCUGUUUAAAUAUGAAUUGGUAAUUUUUUAAGAAAUAAGAUUUCAUAAUUCUCCCUUUCUGGGUUCUUUUACUUCAAAACUGGCAAAGGUCCUUUUAAGGAUAUAAAAAAGUUCAGUAAAUUUGAAUGAACUGAAGAUAAAUCCAUACCUUUUCAUGCUGAUGUUUGUCAUAAAAUUUCACUACAAGGCAAUUUUUUCUUGG